CUGAUACCUAUCUCACUCUGGACACUGGAGGGUUUGGAGAGCUGUACGUUUCCACUCUCUUGCUGAACGCUGUCAGCAUCCUAGAUCCCCGUAGCUGAAGACAUAAGGAGAGGGAGAGAGAAGCUCCUUGAAGAGGAAGACGCGAGAAAGACUGCACCUUGGAAAGCUUCUCUGCAACCGUUCAGCUCGGAGCAUCUUAAAGAAGCUGCGAAAGGGACCGAGAGAUCCCCUGAAGCUUAAAGGUGUUUUGAACCGGCGAAGAGCUUGAGUUAAAGCUGCACGAAGUAUUGAAACAGCUGGUUUGCAUUACUGCAUAGAUGAAAAGAACUCAUGACAGAAGUCGCAGAUGUGUGCUCUGAAGAUGUGUUCUGUUGGAAGCUGCCACACAUUUAGCAAGAUUGACAAGUUGACAUUUGUUUAUCACUGAGGAGUUUCUCUGACACCUUCUCCCGGAUUGUCAAACAUGUUAAGUCCCAGGAAGAUUUGUUAAGAUCAUCUAUGGUCCAUCAAUAUCCUGCUUGAGGGAUAUUUUUUCCAUGAUGUGAAUAAGUAUCGAGGUUUUCCCUAGUGGAUGGUCAAGCCAUGGAAAUGCUCAGAUCUGCUCAGGUUGCCUUCUGAUAUUGGAUUUAACUGCGCCAGAGUCGCACUUGGAAAAAACAUUUGACAACAGUAGAGGAAUUUCAACCAGUCUUGUCUUGGUCUCACCAUGAAAAUUCCACCCAUUCUUCCUUUGUGUCCGGUGCUGCUCUGCCUUGGGAUUUUUUGCUUCGCAUCAACUCUCCAGAACUCUAUUAAGUUGACAAGAAAUCAAAACAAUCACUUAGAGGGAGAGAAACAAGUACAUCAUCGUCCUAAGCGUGGUUGGGUCUGGAACCAAUUCUUUGUUUUAGAAGAACACAUAGGACCAGAAGCUCAGUAUGUGGGCAAGCUUCACUCAAAUGCAGAUAAAGGCGAUGGAUCAGUAAAAUACAUCCUUUCAGGGGAAGGAGCUGGCUCUAUAUUUGUUAUAGAUGACAGCACGGGGGACAUUCAUGCAACCAAAAGUCUGGAUCGUGAACAGAGGGUACAUUACAUUCUGCACGCUCAAGCUUUGGACAGGAAAACAAACAAGCCCCUUGAGCCCGAGUCCGAGUUUAUCAUCAAGGUGCAGGAUAUAAAUGAUAAUGCACCAGCUUUCUUGGAAGGCCCUUACUCCGCAUCUGUCCCUGAAAUGUCUGAAGUUGGUACUUCAGUACUUCAGAUAACAGCUACAGAUGCUGAUGAUCCUACAUAUGGGAACAGUGCAAGGGUGGUGUACAGUAUCCUGCAGGGACAACCGUACUUUUCUGUGGAUCCCAAAACAGGAAUCAUCAGAACAGCCUUACCCAAUAUGGACAGGGAAGCAAGAGAACAGUAUUCUGUCGUCAUUCAAGCCAAAGAUAUGGCCGGACAGAUAGGAGGACUGUCGGGCUCUACAACUAUUAAUAUCACGCUAACCGAUGCCAAUGACAAUCCUCCCAGGUUCCCGCAAAAACACUACCAGCUCUAUGUCCCUGAGUCAGCUACAGUGGGCACAGCUGUAGGUAAGAUUAAAGCAAUUGAUCCUGACAUUGGUGUGAAUGCAGACAUGAGCUACAGCAUCAUUGAUGGAGAUGGAUUAGGCAUUUUCUCCAUCACGACUGACAAAGACACCAGAGAAGGAGUUAUUAUUCUAAAGAAGUCACUGAACUAUGAAAAGAAGAAAGUAUACACUGUGAUGAUUGAAGGUGAAAACACUCACAUUGAUCCUCGCUUUUGGAACAUGGGCCCCUUCAAGGACACUGCCACUCUCAAAAUCAUUGUUGGAGAUGUGGACGAGCCCCCGGUGUUUUCACUCCCCUUUUAUGUGAUGGAUGUUUAUGAAAAUGCCAAACCUGGGACAAUGGUUGGGACAGUACAUGCACAAGAUCCUGACAGUGCCAAAAGCCACAUCAGAUUCUUCAUUGAACAUGACGAGGAAGCAGAGGGGUAUUUCAGCAUAGAUGCUAACAGCGGGGUUAUUAAGACCACAAAGGAACUUGAUAGGGAAGACGUACCUUGGCACAAUAUUACAAUCUUUGCAUCAGAACUUGACAACCCAUCUCAGAUUACUCAAGUUGCUGUUGCCAUUCAAGUUCUUGAUUUUAAUGAUAAUGCACCAGAGAUUGUGAAGGAUUAUGACACAAUUCUUUGUGAAAAUGCCAAACCUGGUCAGGUUAUUCAGACAGUAAGUGCUACAGACAAGGAUGACUUUGCCAAUGGACCACGAUUUCACUUCUCCCUUGUGGACACUUUCCCGCCAAACCCAAAUUUUACUCUGCGGGAUAAUGAAGACAGCACAGCUAGCAUUAUGAUACGGCGCAGAAAAUUCAGUCGGCAUCUACAGGAAGUCUACCAGCUACCAAUUGUGGUUUCAGACAGCGGGUCUCCCAUUCUGAGCAGCACCAGUACUCUAACUAUUAGGGUGUGUGCUUGUGAGAGGAGUGGCAAAGUUCGAACAUGCAGCACUGAAGCAUAUCUCUCUGCAGCUGGUUUGAGUACUGGGGCGUUGAUAGCCAUUCUGCUCUGCAUUGUCAUCCUGUUAGCUAUCAUUGUUCUGUUCAUCACUCUGAAACGGGGCAAGAAGGAGCCACUCAUUAUCUCAGAAGAAGAUAUUAGAGAGAAUGUGGUGACAUACGAUGACGAGGGAGGAGGGGAAGAGGACACAGAGGCAUUCGAUAUCACGGCACUGAGAAACCCUGCGGCAGCUGAGGAAGUGAGAUACCGGCGAGACGUCAGGCCUGAUGUACAACCCUUGCCCAGACAAAGACCCCCCUCAGCCCUAAACAGCCCUGAUAUUCAUGAGUUUAUUAAGCAAAAACUGCAGGAAGCAGACUUGGAUCUAAGUGUUCCUCCAUAUGACUCUCUCCAGACAUAUGCAUAUGAAGGCCAUGGAUCCACUGCAGGAUCGAUCAGUUCAUUGGAUUCAGUCACUGCACACUCGGAACAGGAUUAUAAUUACCUUGGAGACUGGGGACUUCAGUUCAAAAAACUGUCCGAAUUGUACGGAGUAGAGAAAUCAGAAAGAACCACUUAGUUUUCAUUACCAUAGUAAAACACUGUAUGUAAAACACAAAAAAAAUCAGAUUUUCAUUUCUUAAGCUGCAAUUGUUACACAAUUUUACUGUAGCAACA